AUGGAUCAACCCCCAGAGGAGCCCUAUAGAUGCCCAGCUCCAAGACAUAAGUGCGCCAUGAAUGGAGAUUUUGAAUUCUAUAUUUACGGCUCAGUACUUUCAGAUCCAGCCAGCAUACAAUUUAAAACUCUAACAUUUCAGCGUAUUAUAAAUCAAGUUGUUCCACCGAUAUGUAUUGAUUUCACACCAAUCAUAUUAGUUGCGGGACCAGAUAACGUACGCAAUAGUGUUGGUGUGGAAUUUUAUUUGUCUUUAUCAGAUGUUCAACAAAUUUGCCCACCAAACAGAGUUAAAAAACAGGCUAGCCAAUUGCAGAUCCGUAUUGGAGAAAGUCUAUCAGAGAUGAGCGAAUUGUCAGAAGAAUUACCACAACCAAUAUUUAUAUUUAUCAAUUCUAAACUAAUACCAACGAUCGAUAUAAAAAGCCCUUUAAAUGUUAAUGCUAUUGAUUAUUUGCACUUAAAUACUGUUAAUGCUAAUACGAUCACAAUUUCUUGGCCACCGUGUAAUAGAAAUUAUUAUAUGGUGGUAAACUUGGUGGAUAUAAUUAGUGUUGAAGAAUUGGUAGAAGACAUAAAAACGGACAAAGAUCGAUUUUUUUUAGCAUUGGAAACAAAAAAAAAAGCCAAGGAAUUGUUCAAAAAUUCUGGUAAAGAUUUGGAGACCUACAAGAUGACUCUUUUAUGUCCAAUAAAUAAAUCAAAAAUGAAGCUACCGGUCAAAUCUGUCAAUUGUGAACAUUUACAGUGUUUUGACCUGGAAGCUUUCAUUUCUUCGAAUAAGAUAGACCCCAUAUGGAUGUGCCCUAUAUGUAUGAGGUCCUGUAUCUUGGCUGAUUUGAAAAUAGACUCGUUCCUUUUGUUUAUUAUCAAUAGUAUAAACUUACCUAAAACUUGUGAGGAAAUAGAACUUGAUGCGAAUGGUAAAUGGAAACCAUGUAUACUGAACAGUGAUAGUCGUGAAGGUAUUUUGGGUACAUCUUGCACCUCUUUAGAAAAAACUAUUCUUGAAAUUGAUUUGGGUAACUCAGAUGAUGAAGAUCUCGGUGACUUUGUAAAAACAGUAUUACCGAUAACAAGUGCAGAGAAUUCCAAUGGUUCGAAACCAAACAUUUGUAUGAAUACCACUUCAAACACUUUGGAGACUAACACAGAAGAAAAUCUGCCACUUUUCAAAAUUAUAAAAUAA